AAAUGAUGAUAAAAACCUUAAUGAUUGGAUUAGAAGCUUUAAAAUUGCUGCUGAAUUAAAUAUACUUCGCCAAGAAUUUUAUGAAAAAGUAGAUUUUUAUACAGGAAAAUUUAAAAGAUUGUUAAAGAAAGUCAACUCUUCUAGUGCCUUACUAGAUAAAUAUACUAUGAGACUUUUUCUUAAUAGAUUAAGGAAAAAUAUCAUCUCUCUCAUAGCAUUUUCUCAUCCUAAAAAUGUAGAUAAAGCUAUUGAAGCAGCUAAGCAAAUUGAGAGUGAUCAAUAUUAUGAACAACAAUUUCCUAUACCAAUCCAAACAAGUGGAAGUAAUAAUACUAUUGAUAAUCUUACCAAAUAA